CAUGUAAAUAAGAUUAUGGGAUUUUCGUUCUUUGACAAAGCAACUCAGACCACGUCGAUUCACCAGUUAGAUCUCGCAGGCGAUAUGGACUCCAAGUCUCACGAAAAUGUGUUCGACGGGGUUAUGGUUCAAGUGGGUGAUUCGGGAAAGUUCCAGAAGUGGUACAACAUUAUAUUUAACUUGAUUUUCGUCGGAUUCGCCACGAUGGCCAACUUCAACGUGAUCAUAUGUCUCGCGACCCCAGAACAUUGGUGCAAAGUUCCCGGACGCGAACUCACGAACUUCACGAUAGAAGAAUGGAAAAACCUAACGAUCCCGCGAAACGAACUGACCGACGCAUUCCAUACCUGUAAGAUGUUCAACUCCACCCAAGAACGUGACGCAGUAGUCGAGUGCACCCAUGGCUGGGAAUACGACCACACGUACUACCACGAGACCAUCGUCAGCCAGGAGAACUGGGUGUGCCAGGAGGACAUGAGAGCACCCAAUUUCCUAGUCUUUGGAAAAAUAGGAGAAAUUCUAGGAACCAUAUUUUCCCAACUGGGAGACAUAUACGGCCGACGACCCAUCAUAUACGCCGCCAUAAUCACCUUAUUAAUAGGUCGUCUGGGGCUUCUCGUGUCCAAGGGGAUCUUCAUCCUUUUCGCAAUUUUUUCCUUGAUCGGGAACCUAUCCGCUUUGCCCUUGUUCCAGACCCCUUUGGUCAUCUCGGUAGAAAUAUCCAGCGACAAAGAUCGGGCUUCCAUUCCCCUUUUACAAUGCAUAGGAUGGACGGUGGGUCUGUGCAUAGCACCCAUGAUCUUCUGGGCGGUAGGAGGCUGGGUACCAUUUCUAAUAAUCACCAGCGUGCCUGUAUUUUUCUUCAUGUUUAUUCAGAGUUACAUGAUCGAGUCGCCGCGGUGGCUAGCCACGAAAGGAGAAACGAAGAAGUGUGUCAAAGAGUUGAAAAAAAUUGCUAAAAUUAACGGUACCACCAUUAGUGAUAAAGUGAUUGAGUCUCUCAAUGAACAGAUAUCAACACCCGAGAAGAGUUAUGGUAUAAUGAGCUUGUUCUCUAGUUGGAACUUAGCAAAAAUAUCUAUCAAUACUAUUAUUGGAUGGGUGUGCUUCAUUUGCUUGUACUUAAUUCUGUACUUCAACGUUAGCAACUUGAAAGGAAAUCCUUUCCUGAAUUACUUCUGGCAAGGACUUGCCGAACUGCCGGGUUAUUUCGUCGGAAAGUACUUAAGUGACGCUAUUGGAAGAAAGUACACCAAGUUUUUAUCUUUGGUGGCUAUUGCAAUCGUAGCCGUAAUCUUAGCCUACGUUUUAACAGUUUCUGGAAACGUCAUCGUUAUUUCUGUCUGCGGAAUCAUCAUGAAACUGGUAUCUUCGAUAGUUUUUUACGCGAUAAAUCUACAAACACUCGAGAUUUACCCCACUUGUUUGCGGCAAACGGGGUACUCGAUGGGUUUCACGGUAGCCAACAUUUUCGGGAUUUUCACACCAUAUGUGACAUAUCUGGGAACAACAAUCCACGGCAGCUUCCCCUACGUCGUAAUCGCCUCCCUGGCCCUCAUAGGUGCGAUAUCCGGCAUGUUCAUCCCCGAAACCCUAAACGAGAAACUCCCAGAGACCAUCAGCGAGGCCGAGCAAUUCGGCGCCGAUCAGAAAAUCUGGAGCUUCCCCAAACGCAAAAUCUCCACGCACAAAAUUGUAUCGAGCGAGGAAAUAUAAAUGUGAUAAAUGUAA